AGAUCCAUUAAUUUCCUCUCUCCCUCUCGUUCUCGGUGCUCAGCUGCUUGUUGCUCAGGUUUUCUGUACCAGAAGGACAACAAUCGACGACAUCAAUGGCUAGAGGAACUUCACAAUCUCAGGCUUCAUCUUCUUCGACAUCGCGGCCAGGUACUAUGGCGCCGCGUGGUUCUGCGGCAGCAACCGCCGGGAUGCGGCGGCGGAGGUUAGGUGGUGCUAGUGGUGGUGGCGGAGGAGGAGGUGGGUCCGGCGGAUUCGGGGGUGGCGGGGGUGGAAGUAACAUGUUGAGGUUCUACACCGAUGAUGCCCCAGGCUUGAAGAUCACUCCUACUGUCGUCCUUGUCAUGAGCCUCUGCUUCAUCGGCUUUGUUACCGCUCUCCACGUCUUUGGAAAGCUAUACCGCUACAGAUCUGGUCCCGGUGCUUGAUUUCAAGCCCCUCCGACCUCUUCUUCCCUAACUUGAAUCAACCUGACUUGGUUUGGAUUCCCGAUUGCUCGCUCAUCCAAUUCUGCGGAUUUUGGUUCUGUUAAAUUUCUCUCCAUGUUUUCUAGUUCCUUUGCUUGUUUUAGCAAUUUUUAGCUUUUAGAAUAUAUCUAUUUUCCACCACGUAACUUAUCUCUAAAGGAGACGAGGAUUUUUGUUUUGUGUUUAAUCCUUCGUCCAUUCAUUUUUUUCUUGUUGUAUUGCUCUGAGCUAAUCAUUUCUGAUGGUUCUGAUGGGUGGAUGGAUGAUCCGCAGUUUAUGAGAUUUUAUUUUGUUUA